CCACUCAGGUGCGAUCACAACCACAUGUGUUUUGGGAUUAAAUAGCACCGUCGACCCAUCCACAUUCACUCGAGAUCGUACUUUUUUGUUGAACCGCUGUGGUCCAGGCAGCAGCUGACAGUUUCCGUCAGAGGCGUGUUUACGUAACGUCAAAACCAGGAAGAGAAACAGAACAUUCCACACCAAGGGAGUGAGAGAGCUAAAAAGAAAGUGUUCUCAAUCGUCAGACCUUGAACACUUUUGUUUUGGCCACGUCGUUUCGCAGAAGUAAUAAGCAUUCAGGAGACGGUGAUCGAGGUAGCGAAUCGAUAUGGCUUCCAGCACCCCGAUGGUGAAUGGGGACUUGAGCCGGGGGCCUGGGGCGCCUGGAGCUGGGGUGGGCAGCAUGGAGGAAGCCCUGCAACAGAUGAACAUCCUGAUCAAGGAGAACCACGAGCUCAAGGAGGCUCUGAGACAGACCAACUCGUCGAUGAAGGAGCGUUUCGAGGACCUGUCGGCUUGGCGGGAAAAGCAGAAGGAGGAGCGGGACUUCCUGGAGAGCCGGCUGGAGGAGGCGCGGGGACGCGUGCUGGCCCUCAGCACGGAGAACGAGGCGCUCAGGAAACGCGUGCAGGAGCAGCAGGGCCAGGCGGGACAGGCGGAGGCAGGGGAGCUGGAGGCUCUGAGGGUUCAGUUGGCCCGCGUGCAGGCGGAGAAGAACGACCUGGUGGCCCUCAACUCAGAACUGCAGCUGAAGAUGGGCAGGGAGUCACCGGACAACUCCUUCAUCGAGAUCCGCAUCGCAGAAGGAGAGCUGGAUGUCACAAGAGACUUGCCCUCUGCUGAGGAAGAGCUCACAGCAUCAUGCAUGACACGUAUGAAGUCAGAGGAGCAGACGGUGAGCCAGCUACUUCAGUCUCUGAGGAGUGAGACCAAACGCGUGGAGAACCUGGAGGCUGAACUGCAGACAGCCAGACAGAGGUUGGGAGAGUUGGAACUGCAGAGGCAGAGGAACAAUGAGUGCAGCACCCAGACAUCUCUACCGCCCCAGAUGAACAUGCCACACGACGAACAGCACGACAAGUCUGCCAGUGAAGUGGAGAACUUGAAGACCCAGGUUAAGACGCUGGUCAAGGAGCUGCAGGAGCCUCAGAGCAAACUGGACGAAGCAGAGAAGAUGAAGAAGAACCUCCAGGACAGGUGUCGUGAGAUGGAGCAGGAGCUGGUGAGCCUGAGGACUCAGCUGGGGGAGAGACAGCAGGUGCAGGCGGAGAACGAGAGACUCAGGCUACAGCUGGAGAGCCUCCAGGCACACAACAAGAUGGAGCAGAAGAAGGCACAGGAGGAGAAGAAUAAUCUUGCUCAGUUGAAGGAUGCGUACACCAAACUCUUUGAAGAUUACAAUGAGCUGAAGGAGGAGAAGAAAAGAAGAGAGCAGGCGAGCGUGCCCCGUGAGGAGGUGACUGACAUCCAGACGCGAUUGGCUGCAGCCGAGCAGGCUCUGGCCACUAAGCAGCAGAAGAUUGAUGACAUGAAGCAGGAGAUCUUCCAGAAGGAGAAGGACCUGGAGACCGUCUCCGUCUUCAAGGCACAGGCGGAGGUGUACUCUGCCGACUUCUACGCGGAGCGUGCGGCUCGCGAGGCCAUCCACGCCGAGAAGGAGCGACUGGCGGCCCAGCUGGAGUUCGUCAAGAAGCAGAAGAGCCAGCUGGAGGACGAGAUGGACUCGCUCGGCAGGCAGUCACUGGGGGAGAUGCAACGCAGACAUGUGCCACGCGGAGCAACGCCACAAGGGGGCAGUAGAGGAGUGGAGGCAAACAUUCCGGAGCACGCAUGUCCCAAGUGCAAUGAAAUCCUUCCAGACCUGGACUCCCUGCAAAUCCACAUCAUGGACUGUAUAAUCUGAUUCGCAAUCCCCCACCCCACCUCUACUCAACCCACACCAAUGUUAAACAAACACCCACCUCUCUCUCUCUCUCUCUCUCUCUAUCUCUAUCUCUAUCUCUAUCUCUCUCUCUCUCUCUCUCUCUCUCUCUCUGUCUCUCUGUACGUCUCCAAAUUUGCACCAGUCAAUAUCAAGACUGCUGUUCAUAAGCUUUAAAUGCUGCACAUAGCGACUCUUGCACUGUAACUCCUCCUAAAAUGAUACAAAAUAGUGUAAUUAUAAUAUUAUAAUAACAUAUUGUAUGAAUAUCAUAUAUGUUGUAAUAUUACAAUGAUAAAUGUUGUUAUUGGGCGGUGCAACAAAUUAUGGACCUAGAUGAUUUGCACUGUGUAACUUAAAAAAAAAACUCUUCAGAUUUGAAGUUGCCUGUCAGGAUAACAUGUGUGCUGAUACUGACUUUGAAGAUUUAAUAUGCUUCUAACGCUAGUAUUGGAAUAUAUUAGUUUUAAUUUGUUUUGUGUACGCAAUCCUAGUUAUUGGCAGUGUUUGUUUGGGUUUCUAUUCUUUUUUUUGCAUUAGUUUAUUACAGUGUGAUCGGGUAAAGCAUACGUAUCAAUAAUAAUACAAUAAUUUCCAUACUGUAGUCAGAGAGAGUAGAUAAGAGAGAGGGUCCAUUGGCCCAUUGUUUCCGGGUUCUAUUAUUGCAAGGGGGAGGGGGGGAAAUCCUAACCUGAUUUUCAUCACCUGGCUGCGGUUCAGCAACUACACGCUAGGGCGUUCCAUUCCCCAGUAAACGGAACGGCAUACCAGAGGGCAAGAGUCAGGUUAGGGAAAUCCCCCUUUAAGCAGACCUAAGAACUGUUCUAUUAAUUGUAGGAAUAUUAUGACACGCCCCUUUAGGUAGACCGGAACCUGGUCAUGUUAGGUACCCAUAGCAACCUAUUACAACGGCAUAUCUCUAUAUACUUAAAGAAUCUCUGCUGUAGUGGUAUGGACGUGGUUUGGAAAAUAUCUUGAUUUGAUCAAACACAAGUGUGUUUGCCCCUUUUUGAGUUGUUCAGAAUAUCUGGUCUGAUCUGCAUAUAUCAGGGUACCGAGAAUACAGAGAGUGCCUCAGUAAUAUGGGGUGAUAUGAUGUGAUAAAGAAUGUAGCAGAGUGCGUGCGGCGCUCAGAAUCUUUAUGCUUAAAUGGCUGGACAGCCACUGCAGCGCAGCUUGUGUUCCCCGUAUGUGAGGAGUGCAAAGCAGUUUGGUAGCUUCGUCUGUCUGUGAAGUGGACACGUUCACAGUAGCAUUACGUACUGUGUAGCAUUAGUGAUGGACGGUUGGCUUUUGUCAAAAAUGAAGGAUGAUGAUGGCCCACUUUGGUGUGUUUGGUUGAGAGAAGGGGCCUAUACUACAAAGCUGGUUCAGGAGUAAACCAGGUUAAGUUAGGAGGUACAUCAUAUAAUAGAAGAGCCUAGAGUCCUCAUUUUCUAAAGCAAAUGUGGACUCCAGGCUCUUCUAUUAGGUGAUUUACCUCUUAACUUAACCUGGUUUACUCCUGAACCAGCUUUGUCUUAUAGGCCCCAGGAUAAUAGACUUAGAGGUGAACUCAUACAGAGGUGACUGUAUGGUCAACUGGGUCCCUUGUGAAAAUUCAAAAGAAUUUUACCACUACUGUAAUACAGCAUAAGCUGUUAUUCACUAUCUAGUAUGGGGCUUGAACUCAUAUCAUGGACUUGCCCCUAUGGAUGGUAUGAUGAAACUUGAGUCGAUGCCUGGCCUUUUGCUUCGUCUUCACAGUUUUGUGCACGCGCGCGCGUGCGCUCACACACUCACACACACACACACACACACACACACACACACACACACACACACACACACACACACACACACACACACACACACACACACACACACACACACACACACACACACACACACUGUGUUGUAGCCAUCCCCAACAACCACCAGACAAUUUAUUUUGACAGCAGCAAGCCCCAACUGUUUUCUUUUUGAUUUAUAGAAAUGUGUAAAACUCUACAGACUACCAGUGAUAUCUAAUAAAUGUUUAUCCUGAAAACCA